AUGAUUAAAGAGUUGGUUACGAAAGGUCCAAAAAGAGAUAUGGAUGUUAAGGCCCCCGUGGAUAAAUUUGGAAGACAUUUUUCUAAUACCAUUUACACUAGAAUUCUAUCAAAUAGGGAGACGUGUUAUAGAGAAUGGCUAGCGUAUUCGAAAAAACUUGACAAACUCUUUUGUUUUUGUUGUAAAGUUUUUAGAACGGGGCAUCCGAAAGGUGGGUUGGAUGAUGAGGGUUAUAAGGAUUGGAGACAUGCUAGUGGUAGACUUAAAGAACAUGAAGUUGGUUUAGAACAUUUCAAGAAUAUGAACGAAUGGUUUGAAUUGCGUCAAAGGUUGAAAUGCAAAGAAACAAUUGACAAAGUGGCAUAUGAGCAAUUUAAAAAAGAAAAAGAUUAUUGGAAACAAGUCAUUAUACGGAUUGUUGCGCUUGUGAAAUUUCUUGCAAAAUAUGGCUUAGCGUUUCGUGGGACAAAUGAGAAGUUGUAUAAAAAAGGCAAUGGAAACUUUUUGGGUUUAGUUGAAAUGUUGGAAGAGUUUGACCCGAUUAUGAAAGAACAUGUACGUCGUGUUUUGAAUGAGGAGUGUCAUGUACACUUUCUUGGCCACAAUAUUCAAAACGAGUUGAUACAAUUAUUAGGGGAUAAAGUUAGAACCGAAAUCAUCAAGAAGGUUAAGCAAGCAAAGUAUUACUCCAUCAUUCUCGAUUGCACGCCUGAUACAAGUCACCAAGAGCAAAUGUCCAUAAUUGUGAGGUACGUGAAUUUUAACUCUAGUUCUGUGACCGUUGAGGAAUCAUUUUUAGGUUUUUUGGUUGUUGAUGAUACCACGGGAUUAGGACUUUUUGAAGUUACAUGUAAGGAAUUAGGGUCGCUUGGUCUUGAUAUUGGUGAUAUGCGUGGUCAAGGCUACAAUAAUGGGGCAAACAUGAGAGGAAAAAACAAAGGAGUUCAAACUAGAUUUUUAGAAAAAAAUCCUAGAGCUUUCUAUAGUGCCUGUGGUUGUCAUAGUCUAAAUCUAGCAUUGUGGCAAAUUUUGAAAGACAAUGUUAAAGGAUUAACUCUUAAAUCAUUGUCUACAACUCGUUGGGAAAGUCGUAUAGAUAGUAUUAAGCCUAUAAAAAAUCAACUUGGAGAUGUAAGAAAAGCUUUACGAGAAGUUAGGGAGACGGAUAGAGAUGCUAAAAUCAUAAGUGAAGCUAAAUCAUUAGAAGAGUAUGAACUUGGUGAAUUAUCAAAGGUGAAUGUGGUGAGCAAACGGUUGCAAUCAAAAGAUUUUGUUCUUGAUGUUGCUAUUGAUGAAGUGGACAAAUUAAUUAAAUUCUUUAAGAAUUAUAGAGAAGUGGGGUUCUCUAAGGCGCUUGAUGAAGCUAGAGAAAUUGCAAAUGAAAUAGGUGUUAAUGGGGAAUUCCGUAAAAAACAUGUGAUAUAUAGGAAAAAACAAUUUGAUGAAUCAUCAAGUGUAGAAGAAGUAACAUUUUCACCCGAGGAGGAUUUUAGAUUGAAGACUCUAAAUGAAGCCAAGCUUAAGGAGUGUUGUUAUCGCCUUCAAGAUGCAUUGAAGUAUGAAGGAGACUCCGAUAUUGAUGCUAAAGAAUUGUAUACGGAGUUGAACUUGAUUAAGACAUUUUUACCGAGACACAUUGACAACCCUUUUGAUGUUUUAGACUAUAUCUUCCAACGCAGUACAACUUAUCGUAAUGCUAUAAAUGCAUAUAAAGUGAUGUUGAUAAUUCCGGUAACCGUGGCAUUGGCAGAAAGAAGUUUCUCAAAGUUGAAGUUGUUGAAGACCUAUUUACGUUCUACAAUGUCACAAGAAAGGCUAAACGGGUUGGCGACAAUUUCUAUUGAAAGUGAAAUAUUAGAUACUAUGGAUUACAAGGAGUUGAUCAAGAGCUUUUCUUCAAAAAAACGCUAG